CCCGGUGUCCCCUCCCCCCGGUGGACACAGCCGCCCAGCCCGCAGCCGAGACACACAGAGAUCGUAGGGGCCCCGGCGGCUGCAGCAUGUUCCUGGUCAACUCGUUCCUGGGGGGCGGCAAGGGGGGCGGGGGCGGGGGCUUCCCCGGUUUCGGGGGAGGGGGCGGCUCGGGGGGCCUGGGCGGCAACAUCGGCAACGUCAUCGGAGGCUUCCUGAGCGGCGGGGGCGGCCGGGCCGCAGGAGGGGGCUCCGGAGGGGCCAUGGGCAUCCUCGGCGGGGUCAUCAGCGCCAUCAGCGAAGCUGCGGCUCAGUACAACCCCGAACCCCCUCCCCCCCGCUCCCACUACUCCAACAUCGAGGCCAACGAGAGCGAGGAAGUGCGGCAGUUCCGGAGACUGUUCACCCAGUUGGCCGGAGAGGACCUGGAGGUGAGCGCCUCAGAGCUGAUGAAUAUUCUCAACAAAGUGGUGACCCGGCACCCUGACCUGAAGACGGAUGGCUUUGGGAUCGAUACCUGCCGCAGCAUGGUCGCCGUCAUGGAUAGCGACACAACCGGGAAGCUUGGGUUUGAAGAAUUCAAGUAUCUGUGGAACAACAUCAAAAAAUGGCAGUGCAUCUACAAACAGUUUGACGCGGAUCGAUCUGGGACCAUCGGAAGCAGUGAGCUCCCGGGUGCCUUCGAGGCUGCAGGCUUCCGCCUCAACGAGCAGCUGUACCAGAUGAUCAUCCGACGCUACUCGGACGAGGACGGAAACAUGGACUUCGACAACUUCAUCAGCUGCCUCGUGCGCCUGGACGCCAUGUUCCGUGCCUUCAAGUCUCUGGACAAGGAUGGGGAUGGUCAAAUCCGAGUGAACAUCCAGGAGUGGCUGCAGCUGACCAUGUACUCGUGAGGCUGCUGUGGGGCUGGCCAGCGUGGGGUCUGCCCCACCCCCCUCCCGCCGCCCCCACCAGAUGGUGUCAGAGCUGCUGAUUGAGGGGACCCCCUCCUCCCCCACCACCUCCACCAUCCAGCCUGGACUCCAACCCCCUCUGGGACGUGCCCUCCUCCUCCUCCUCUCCCUGCCCGCCAGGCUUCCCACUCUCUGAGACUUGUUUUUCGCCGGUUCCUUGUUUGUUUGGAUUUUUCAAGUAACAGCCCGGCCUCCCCUUCCCUUCCUCACCCCCACAGCCCUGCGAACCUGCACAUGCCAGUGAGGACCGCCCCCCUUCCCAUCUCUGAGUCCUGCCUCCUUCCCAACUCUAAGCACCCCCCCCCCCGUUUUCUAAGCAUCGUCCCCCUCUCCUCCUCUGAGCACCCCCGCCAACCUCUCGCUCCGACAGUGACAGGCCCGCUCCAGCUCCACACCCAGACACCCCAACACUCCCCCUUCACGCUUUUGCAGACCUCCCCAUGCCAAAACAUGCCUCAGAGCGGACCCCCUGUAACGUGCCACACCCAAGUGGGUGACCGCAGGCCAGGCCUCGCCCUCUCCAGCCUCCUCAGUCCCUGACGAUCCCCCUUCUCCCUCUCCCGGGCCUUGCCGACUGUGGGUUGACCCUCCCCUGGAGCUGCUUGGUCCGCCUGGUGGCAGCUGCCAGGGCAGAAAAUAAACAUGUUUUCCAGCUGC